AAACGAUAGACAAUUGGUUUGUGUUUUGAUUGCAUUUAUUAUUAUUAUUGUCGACACGUUUUGGACACUAAUUAUGGCAGAAAUCGCCAACACUCGAGAGAAGCGCAAAGCGAGCAAAACGUUGUCGAAGAAGUUGUCGGCAUUGGAUCGACUGAGACAACUGAAGGGCUCGAAGAAUAAGUACGAAUUGGCCGAAGAGGAGGACGUCUACGAAGAGGUGGACGAAGACGAGUACUCGGAGAUAGUGUCCCGAAGACAGCGCGACGACUGGAUUGUCGACGACGACGGAUGCGGUUAUGCGGACACCGGACGCGAGAUCUUCGACGACGACUUCGAUGACGACCAGCAACAGAGACAGUCGUCGUCGGCGGCGAAGAAACACGACUCCGGCGGACACAAGAGACGCAAUCCGACCAAAGGGUCGCUCUAUAGCCGUCCCGACGACGACAAUGAGGAGAAGAAGGCGCCCAAAAAGACCAAUAAUAUUAGAGAUAUGUUUAUGAAGGGUUUGGAGAACAAUAGGUCCGCGAAGGCUCUCAAAGACGUGGUCAUCGAUGACAACGAAGUCGACGGAAUCAUUGACGCCAUUCAUAGCACUUCCGGCCGAUCCGGUGAU